GGGAAGGUGUCUACCGGAAAUCUGUCUAUCUCACAUUGCUCAGAAUUCAAUGGCGAAUUUUUGUGGCUAUUUAGAAGUUUAAAAAUAUGUGAAAUGGAAAGUGUCCUUAUUGCAACAGGUCCUUUUACUUCUGUUCCGUAAGUCCAGAGUUAAGCUUAUGAGACACUUUUCUACUCAAAAUGAAUUUAAUAUCUGAGAUCCUCAGAAGCCUUGUCAAGUAAGUAUGCACAAUUCAUCUAAAUUAAUGCUUUCUGAGUCAACUGCACGUAGAGAAAAUACAUUAAUUGAGAAGAAACUACAUCUGCCUCUUGUAGAUAAAUCAAGCAUAUUAUUGAUCCUUGACGACGGUGAUAUUUUAAAAAUCGGACCACACGACUAUCCUGAUUAUUAUACUGAAGAACUAUGCCAUCCAAAAGAUUAUAUUAUAUCUGAUAAGCCAAUUCCAUUUGAAGGUAUUAUGCAUUGUGGUGGACUUCAUCAUCGAUUAAUUGCUAGACUUAGUGUCAAAUUAAGUGAAAAAGAAUAUUUACCAUUAUCAUUUUUGGUCGAUACCGGUGCAGGUCAUUAUUUAUAUUUUUGUAAAAAAGCAAGAACAAUUUUAUAUGAUAAAAAAGUACUUCUGAAAAAUGGUGCCGAAAAUGACUAUAUUAAAACACAAGGUAAAUUCAUUCCAUGGCAAUCAACACCACAUACAUUCGAACCAGCAAAUAGCAUUGGUCUUGGUUUAAUUUUUCAAUGGAAUGGUCUCGUUCUUAAUUUUAAAGAAUCAAUAUUUUCGUUUGGCAGUGAUCGAUUAGAACACUUAUAG